UCCGAAAUGUCAAAACAACUGAUUUUUUCACAUUGCAUGAGGACCCGGUGUACUUGCACAAAAUUUAUAAAAUAUUGUUGCCCAGAAAAAUGACCACAACACAGAGAGUUCAGCAAUGGGCAACAUUCGCUCGAACCUGGCACAUCUUUGAUUGUACUUGGCAGAAUCCAUUUCAAGCGGCGUUAACGAUCCGUAAACAUCUAAUGGGAUUACAUAAACCAAUUUAUCAUCCACUUAACAACUGCGGUGAUCAUGUUGUUGUCAUCAACACAGCCGAAAUUGCCUUACCGGGCGAUGAAUGGGCGAAGAGAGUGUACUUCCAUCACACAGGCUAUCCCGGCGGUGCAUCCUGGACAUUGGCUUGGGAAUUGCAUAAAAAAGAUCCGACAAUGGUCAUGAAAAAAGCCGUUUACACUUCGAUGAAAGGUAAUCUACAGCGCCGGUACACAAUGCAGCGACUUCACUUGUAUCCCGACGCAAACGUUCCCGAUGAAAUUAUGUCAAAUGUGACGAAUCAAUUGAAACACGACAGAGUCGUUCCGACACGGCUGGAUCAUAUUGACGAAGAGACGAUCAAGAAUUUCCCGAAGAUAAUGGAUUAUCCAGAGAAUUAUGUGCUGAAGUAGGAUAUGCGGAGGCGUACGCACGUAUUCAGAUUGUUAGUUCGAUGAGCGAUUUGUUUAGUCAUUAAAAAUGUUUUCACACACCAAACUACGGA